CUUAAAGAACUUCAGUGUGAAUACUGUUUCAACUUAAGGAACUUCAAGUGUGAUAAGGUUACAAUUGAGGGAACUUCAAGUGUGAUACUGCCUCAACUUGAAGAACUUGCAAGUGUGAUACUGUUUCAGCUGAAAGAAUUUGCAAGUGUGAUACUGUUUCAGCUGAAAGAACUUGCAAGUGUGAUACUGUUUCAACUUAAAGAACUUUCAACCUAAAGUGUGAUUUGCAAGUGUGAUACUGUUUCAGCUGAAAGAAUUUGCAAGUGUGAUACUGUUUCAACUUAAAGUGUGAUACUGUUUCAACUUAAAGAAUUUGCAAGUGUGAUAAGGUUUCAAUUGACGGUACUUCAAGUGUGAUACCAUCUUCAACUCAAAGGAAAACUUCAAAUGUGAUAAGGUUCCAGUUUGGUUGGAAUUUCAAGUGUGAUAUUCAGGUCUGGAACCUUUUUUUUUUCCCCUACUGGAACAAACAAUGCCAGUUCUGAACAGUUUACGACUGACUGAUCCAGCCCUAUGAACGAAAGCCUGCGUCACUUAAAAACAGUGUCUGUGAGUCUCACCAUCACUAAUAUACAAUAUUCACCAUCAUUUCACCAUCAUGAGAGCUUCCGUUGCCUGUGGUAGAUGGCUUUUCCUGAUUUUCCUGCUGUGGACACCGAAGACCAGAGCCAAGCUGAGUCUCGAGGGACAUUUCUACCUCGAUGGUUGCGCAUUUCUGUCCAACGUAUCAGCUACGCUGGAAUUACGGCAACUGAACGCGACCGCCGAGUACGCCCUACAGUUAGAAGCCAGAGGGUCGUCUACGGUCCGACUGAUCGAUGAUCAGCAGGUCUGCAAGCUGCCAUCGGGGUUUCUGUACAGUGUCACCUUCAGGAUAGAGGACCAGAAGGCUUCGCUGAGCUUCGACAAGGUCGAGGUCCCGGACGAGGAGGGCGUGGCUGAGCUGAAGGAGGAGGUGACACACGUCGGAAUGUGUCAGUUCAACCCGGGACAACCCGUUCAAGUCAUGAGCGGGUACGGGUUCCUUUCAUGUAGAGGUACUAAGGACGUGGAGAAGGUCUCAAGAGCUGUAAACAGGUGGAAGAAAGCCAUUGAAGUCGAAGAGAAGGACGAUAAGUACUACAAAGGAGUCCUACUGGGCACCGUCAUUGCUUGCGUAGCGUUCGUCAUCGCCGGAUGCGCCCUCUGCAUCGUGUUGCGUUUGAAGGCGACGGCGAGUGAACGGGCCCCAAUGGUACGCCCCAUUAGGCGGGCGAGCACGCCUGCAGCCAGCGUGCAGACGAGGGUGACGAAUGACCAGAAUAGUAGCUCUCAACACCCGUCAUUGAUCGCGAGUUCAGGAGCGGCCGGUGAAACGUGUCGGAAAACGGAAAUGUUUUUUGUUUUUUUUGGGGAACCACUUUGAGUUCAGAAAAUAAAACAGUUUCUCCUCUUUACUAGUAGGUAUCUGCCAGUGGUUAUUUAUAUUCAGUAAAAUAAAUAUUUAUAUUUUAAUAAAGAGUAGGAGCAACUGAUAGAGGGGAAAAUAUGUACCAGUAGGUCUAGUGAACUAAGAAGUGUUUGGGAAGUUGGUGGAAGCAACGGAAAACUAAAAUGUUUUUGGGAACACUGUGAAUUCGGGAAUGAAACAGUUUUUUUUUUAUUGGUAGGUGUCUGGACUGAUCUGUUAGAUUUAAAAAAAAAAUGUAUAUUUCUCAGAAAAACAAGAGCCACUGGUAGAAAAAAAAAAAAAACAA